ACACUGACGAGUGACGAAUUAAACAAGUUUAUGAGCUACUGUGUUCAAAGUUUAUUAAAAGUUUUGUAAACUUUUUUAAAAGCUUAGUACAGUGUUUAUAUUGGAUUUUUAAAGGAAUUAUUACGUUAAACUUCUAUAAAUAUUACAUAAUUUAUUUAACCAUAGUUUAUUAAGUAAUUAACGUAAGAAUUGGUUGGCCUUCACUAUACACUCAGUGUUUCUCAAUUCCCACCUACAAGUGGACUUGAGAUGUUUAAUUUAAAUAAUGUCAUCGUACGUGCAUGAGAUAAUAAUUUUAGUUUCUCCUGCGUUAAAAAGUAUUUCCUAACUAUUAAUAUAGGAAAGUGUAUUACUAAAGUAAUAUUAAUCAUAGCAUUGGAAUGCUUUGAAACAAUUAUAAUAAAUAAGUGAAGAAAAUAUUAAAAUUUUCUGUUACCUUACAACUAAGUAUACGUAAAAAUGCCCAGAAAAUUGUUAAAGUUUUUAAUUGUGUUUGAUAAUACUUCUUUGCUAUAUUUUCCUGGUCAGUUCCUAUCAGGAAAGGUGUUAAUGGAAUUGCAAGAUGACACUCCUGUUUUGGGACUCCACUUUCAUGUUAUUGGUGAAGGUGUUGUCAGAGUUGGUUCUGGCAGGCAUGAGAGACUCUUUGAUAAGGAGAACUACAUAGACUUCAGAAUGAGACUAUUGGGAGAGCCUGGUCAUAGCGCAUCAGUGUUGUCGCCAGGCAUCCACAGUUUCCCAUUCAAACUGGGCCUACCGAUGGGCCUACCGUCCACAUUUCUCGGGACUCACGGCUGGGUUCAGUACUACUGUAAGGCAGCGCUGCGGGAGCCCAAUGGCUUGACCCACAAGAACCAACAAGUGUUCAUUGUUAUGAACCCCAUUGAUCUAAAUUUGGAGCCGCCUGUGCUUUCACAAGAGUUCGAGCUAAACGUGGAGCACAAGCUGGGCGUGGGGUGCGUGGGCGGCGGCUCGGUGAGCUGCCGCGUGUCGCUCGACCGCGGCGCGUACGUGCCCGGGCAGAGCAUCGCGCUCUCCGCGCACGUCGCCAACAACUCGCGCACCGCCCUCAAGUGCACCAGGGCGGCGCUCACGGAGACGAUCCAGUACACGGCGCACGGGCGGGUGGCGGCGCGCGAGGUGCGCGAGCUGGCGCGCCUGGCGCACGGCAAGUGUCGCGCGGGCGGCGCCGACCGCUGGCGCGAGCUGCUCUACGUGCCGCCGCUGCCGCCCACCAACCUGCGCGGCUGCCACCUCAUAUCCGUGCAGUACGACGUCUUUUUCGUAAUCGAACCGAAGAGUCUGGAAAAAGAAGUGAAACUCCAACUGCCAAUACUACUGGGCACGUAUCCGUUCCGCGACGACGACGACGAGACGCACCCGCCCACGCACUACCCGAGCACACUACCGAUAUUUAGACCGUGGCUACAUGAGAAACAAACUCAUUAGAUAUCGAUAUGGAUAAUCAAGGAGGCCGAAUAACAGUUUUCAGCAGAAGGAAAUU